AUGAAUUUCCUCCCAAUUUCAUCCGAAAAGGCUUCCAUGUCUCUUGCGAUUUCCGGACUUUCCAGAGCAGUCGAAUACUCCUUCGAUAUCAUCAGAGUUGAUGCGUCCAGAUUAGGUAGAUUAAGGCAUCCAGGAGUGGUUCACGUGAUCCAAGCCCUAGACGACGACAAAAAUCAGCGAAUAAAUUAUAUUAGUCUCAAUGAUAUAUCACAUGAGGCUGCCAUGGUGUUGUUCAAGAUUAUACUGGACAUGAGGUAUCAUUUAACCAAGGUUUAUAUUGAUACAUUAGGAGACCCUAAAAGUAUAAAGUUAAGCUCUCUACCAGAUUCCCGUCUAUUGACUUUGUAUAGAUUCAGCCACAUGUCAAUCAUACUUCUAGGAGGGGUUGAAGUGUUAUGGAAUGAAGGUGGUUAUACCAUUAAUGGCAGAGUGAAAAUCCCUGUGAAAUAUAUGGAAAAGUAG